UGCAAUAAUACGAAGCAGACAUUCUUGACUAAAGAGAAUUGGAGACGCCUUCAACUCAUUCUUUAUUAUAUAUUCAAUCACAGGUGAUCGAAGCCACGGAAAAAGGAGCAAACUGUUGGUAAUGAAAAUGUUUUGGUCAGCUGUUGUCAUUUUUCUGCUCUUGCACAUUAAUGGCCGUCGGUGUUGUUCAGACCAUGAACGAGAUUCCCUUUUGCAGUUCAAGGCAUCUGUUCUUGAUCCCUCCAAUCAACUACUCAACUCAUGGCAUGGUUUCAACUGCUGUGAUUGGAAACGAAUCCAAUGCCAUCCUCACACACAUCAUGUCAUUCGUCUAGAUCUGCAGGGUUCCUAUGGUAAUGCGGAUGUUUAUCUGAGUAAUUUAACUGGGGAUGUUCUUUCCCCGUUGUUUAAUCUGGAACAGUUGGAGCACCUGGAUCUCAGCUUCAAUAACUUUGCUGGAGUAUCCAUCCCUCCUGGAUUGGGCAGACUCAAGAGUUUGCGCUACUUAGACUUAUCAUUCGCUGGGUUUUCUGGAGAUAUUCCCCCAAUGUUGUUGACUGCAUUUCCGAACCUCCAACAUGUUAAUCUGAGAUACAAUCAAUUCAAGGGCGGCAUUCCAUCUCCUGCCGGUAUCCUUCACUACCUCACACGGCUCGAUCUGAGUAGCAAUGCAUUGACUGGUAAUAUACCCCCUUCCAUUGGCCAACUCGUAUCUCUGGAAUCGCUUGAUCUAAGCAGUAACAAAUUAGAAGGUGUCAUCCCUCUCAAUAUUUCCAACCUUUAUAAACUCUCAAGGCUCGCCCUGUCCUCCAACCGGUUAAGUGGGGAUUUUUCAGUGUCUCACCUUGAUAAUCUCAGCCAACUUCGCAGUAUAGACAUUUCCGAAAAUCUUUUAUCUGUAAAGAUCAGUCCAACAUGGAUUCCAAAAUUCUCUUUGCAAACUCUGGGAUUAAGCUCAUGUAACAUGGAAGGCGAGUUUCCAACAUUCCUAAUUACACAAUAUGAGAUUACCAGUAUGUAUUUGUCCAACUGCAGUCUUGCAGGAAACAUUCCACAGUGGAUAUGGGGUGCCAAUUAUCUUUGGUUUCUCAAUCUUUCCAACAAUCACUUUGCAGGAGUUCUACCUCAUUCGUUGACGGGAAGUUUUUUGUUUAUGCUGGAUUUGCAUAGCAAUAAUUUACAAGGUCAGCUUCCGCUUUUUAAUGAUCAGCUGCAGCUGUUGGACGUGUCAGACAAUCAACUGGGUGGAUCCAUUCCAGCAGAAAUUGGUGAAUAUCCUCAACUUGUAUAUCUGUCUCUCGCUCGAAAUCAUCUCAGCGGUAGCAUUCCACCUUCUAUAUUAUGCAGAAUACGAAUUGUGGAUCUCUCAAAUAACAAGCUUACAGGUAAGAUUCCUGCCUGUUUUAAAAAUAGCUCUGUUAUCGAGAUGUUGAACUUAGAGAACAAUUAUUUGGAGGGCGAGUUGCCACAGCAGUUUGCAGAAAUGCUUUCUCUUCAGACAUUAAAAUUAGGUGGAAAUCGACUGAAUUCGUAUAUCCCAACCUCUCUUGCAAACUGUAAGCAGUUGGAGAUACUAGAUUUGAACAACAACAAAAUGAGAGGGAUCAUUCCAAAUUGGAUAGGGCAGCUAUCAAGUCUUAAGAUUCUGAUCUUGAGAUCAAAUAGAUUUGAAGGGUUAAUACCUUCAGAACUCACAACAUUGCCACUUCUUCAAAUCUUGGAUCUUUCAUCCAACAGAUUUUCAGGAAUUAUUCCAGCCAAUCUCUCAUCUUUGCAGGCUUUGAAAGAUCAAACAGUCGCUGCCGAAAUCUUUCUUAGUGGAGAUAUUGGCACUCUUAAACUCUAUGUAGAUCGAGUGACAAUCAAUAACAAAGGACAGUGGAUGGAGUUUGUAAGAUCAUUGGCACUGGUAAAAUGUAUUGAUUUAUCAAGCAACAAUUUAUCAGGUGGAAUUCCUCCAAACAUGGGAUCACUAGAGGGUUUGAUUAUUCUUAAUAUUUCAAGAAACCAUUUUAAGGGUGAAAUACCGAAGACUUUGGGGAAAAUGAUACAGCUGCAGUCCCUUGAUCUCUCACACAACCAACUCUCUGGAAUGAUUCCUUCCGAGCUGCAAUUGCUUACAUUCUUGGGUUACUUGGACUUGUCCCACAAUAAUCUUUCUGGAAGGAUACCACAAGGGGGGCAACUCUUAACAUUUGAUACAUUGUCCUUUUCAAACAAUUCAGACUUAUGCGGCCUCCAACUCAAUACAACCUGUUGUGGCAUUCACAAAAAUAAAUCUUGUCCUCCAAGCAUUCUGCCAGGGAUAAAUGUUGAUGAGACAGAUGCAGAAAAAGAUAUAUGGUGGGGAGUUGGUCUGGGCCUGAGCUACGCAGUUGGGUUCUCUCUUGUAAUUGGAGUGUUGUGUCUUACCACAACUUGGAGUAGAAAAUGCUUUCAGAUCAUGGACAAAAUUAUCAUCUACCUUUUUGGAAGGUUCAGAAAAUAGUUGCCUUAUAUGACUAUAGUAGAAGUCAUAUACAAUUAUGGUUGAAGUUUGUAAUGUAAUCUGCUGUAGGGUUGAGAGUUUGCAUGGAUAGCAAGGAAAGCGAAAGAAUGAAGUUAGUGGAAAAUAUAAAAGGCUGUAGGGUUGAGAGUUUGCAUGGAUAGCAAGGAAAGCGAAAGAAUGAAGUUAGUGGAAAAUAUAAAAGGCUGUAGGGUUGAGAGUUUGCAUGGAUAGCAAGGAAAGCGAAAGAAUGAAGUUAGUGGAAAAUAUAAAAGGUGAAUUACCUUGUCAUUAAAUGUAUCUAAUAUUAACUAUGGUAGUAAAUAAUGUAUUUUAUGAUGGUUAUUUUAUUCUUUUUAAGAUCAAGAAUAAUUAUUAAAUGAAUGAAAUUCAAUUAAAGGAAGAAAAAUGUAAUAAAGAUGAUGAUUUUUAUAUCUCUUAUAAUCAUGUAAUAUCGUUUCUUAUAAAUAUUAAUUUAUUUGAAAAAUAUUUAUAUUGAUACAAAUAUUAUGAAAUAAAAAUCAAUAAAUUUUACUUCAAUCUAAUUGAAUCUUAAAAUAAAUAGCAGUAUUUAAUUUUUAAUUAUGUUAAGUGGCAUUCUCUAGAAUGGCAACAACACAGAUGGAAGUGGGUUAGUAAGGUUUGAUAUCCUUGCACAUUUACAACUAAAAUGGGAGGGGAAGUGGUUAAGGAAUAUAAAAUAACAAUAGAAUUGGAAAAGAAAAUAAUAAACUACUGAAAAUAUAUCAAAUUUAAGAUAAUUUUAUUAUAUUUAUUCUCUAUACAUAUUUGUGAUACAUUUUUGUGUAUACAUAGAUUCAACAAUAUAGCUAAAGUUUUCUAAUUACUUCCAGCAAUGCAUAAACAAAUAACUAAAUACAUCUGUAAUGUUCAUUAUCCUUCAUUAGUCCCCAUAAUGAACAUUAGAUAAAAAAAUAGUCACGAUUCUAUCCUUUGAAAAAUGGUCAUGAUUCUAUUAUUUAACCCCAUAAUGAGCAUUUUGAAGAAAACCUCCAAUAUAUGUGUUGCAACAUUAUUCAAUCAUCAAUGUAUUCAAUCUGAAAUCAAGAAUGGUCAAACUAGAAUCGACCAUUGCGAUUCACUCUACUAAUGCUCACUCCAAUCAGGACCAUUUAUGGCCAUCCAUCUUGAAUUCCCAAAACAGUAGAACCUGCAAUCUCAAAAUCCUCAUCAAAUUGAAUAUCAAUAUCAUGAGACCUAUCUUACAAUCCAACCACAAAUCUAAAGUUUUAGGACCAAACAAUGUCACCAAUAAUGUCACAAAAUCAACAAAUCUGCAAAAUCAACAACAUUUUUAUGUGGAAAUUAGCCACCACUUCCCUUUGACAACGACAUUGUCUGCAAUAGUGACUUCUUUCCUUACUGUUGAAAAUUAUAAUCUCAACAAACUCAACAAGUACAAUCAGACUAAAAUCGUCCUCUGUAUGCACAAUCAAUCUCCGUAUUAAGAUAUGCAUUUAAGAAAGUUAUCUUCUUUGGAUUUGUUUUUGAUCUCCUCUAUCAUCUAUAGAUUUCAAAUAGAUUGUGGAUAACUUGAUAAAUAAUAUUUAUGCUGUGUCUGUCUUUACUGUAUGCACUUAGUUUUCUGUAUAUCCCAUGAUUAUGUAUUUUGUACUCACUCUCUUAGAGUCCAGCUCCGCAGAGCUGUUAGAAGAGUUUAGAGAAGGUUAACAAGACUAAAUGUAAGAGAGCUGCAGUUCAAUCAAUGUAUGUAAUGUUUUUCUUGCAAUAUGAUUCUAAUAGUUUAUUUUGUUCUGUUUUUCUGUACCCACUGUUUCCUAUACUCACAUGCAAUUUCAGAUUCCUCUUCAACUUUGGUCAGCGGCAAUCUCCUUGACAACGACUUGCAAUUUCAGUGAUUUAUUUAAUCUCAACGUCAUUAACAGCUUUCUUUGAGAGAAAUUUCCUUUGCUGGAAGUAAUCCCAACUACUUCUUGUAUCCUUCGUAUGUACAUUAAUAUUUGCCAGGAGUUUCUGUCAAUUCCAAAUUCUUAGUAUCUUUCAUAGGACACGUCUAUUCUGGCUUCAAAACGGCAGUACGGAUUGAUUAACAUGUGUUAGUCGCGCGUUUUACACCGUUGAUUUUGCAAUAAAUGGCUCUGAUGGACUAACACGUCGCUAUCACGCUAUACGAAAGAUCUGUUUUGGAGCAGAAUAGCUUCGGCCUCCUCCAUAUCUGCAAUCUGCAUCUCAAUAUUUAUAAUCAGUAAUGAAGACAGAUCUUUCUUGGGUUUGAAUGUAUUUUCAUUGUACUCCUUCAAUCUGUCACCUUACCAUCUGCAGGAUAUCACACGAAUUGUGGGUGGUCUGAUAUAUUAUAUUUUAUAUUUGUUCUCUCUA